CCGGGCAUAUGCGACCCCGACGACAUCGGGCUCCCGCCGGACGUUUUCCUGGAGCCGGACGGGCCGCGGGGCGACUCGGUCAGCCUGCACUCGACGGGCACGGGGCAGACGCAGGUGUCGGACACGCACUCCAACACGUACUACAUGAGGACCUUCGGACACAACACGGUGGACGCCGUGCCCAACAUCGACUUCUACCGCCACACGGACGCCACGCUCGGCGAGAAGAUGAACAGACCCUCGCUCGCCGAGCUCCACGACCAACUCGACAAGGUCGGUGCCAUAAAAUGCCAUUCGGCGGCGCCACCGCCCCGGGCGGUCAAGGAGACCAAAGGAGCCGCCAUCAAGUUCGGUUGGGUCAAAGGAGUCCUGGUGCGCUGCAUGCUGAACAUCUGGGGCGUGAUGCUCUUCAUCCGGAUGUCGUGGAUUGUGGGACAGGCCGGCAUCGGACUGACCAUCGGCAUCAUCCUGAUGGCCACGUUGGUGACCACCAUCACGGGUCUGUCCACCUCCGCCAUCGCCACCAACGGCUUCGUCCGGGGAGGUGGCGCUUACUACCUGAUCUCCAGGAGCUUGGGUCCAGAGUUCGGGGGCUCCAUCGGCCUCAUCUUCGCUUUUGCAAACGCGGUGGCGGUGGCCAUGUACGUGGUCGGCUUCGCCGAGACGGUGGUGGAGAUGCUCAACGACGUGGACGCCCUGAUGACGGACGAGCUGAACGACAUCCGCAUCGUGGGCACGCUGACCGUCAUCCUGCUGCUGGGCAUCUCGGUGGCCGGGAUGGAGUGGGAGGCCAAGGCUCAGAUCGUGCUGCUGCUCGUCCUGCUGGCCGCCAUCGCAAAUUACUUCAUCGGAAGCCUGAUACCUUCCCAGGACAAGAAGCCCAGAGGCUUCUUUGGCUAUCAAACGGCGAUAUUUGUGGAAAACCUGGGCCCAGACUUCCGGGACGACGAGACCUUCUUCUCCGUGUUCGCCAUCUUCUUCCCGGCGGCCACCGGGAUCCUGGCGGGAGCCAACAUCUCCGGGGACCUCAGCGACCCCCAGUCCGCCAUCCCCAAAGGAACGCUGCUCGCCAUCCUCAUCACGGGCCUCACCUACGUGGGCGUGGCCAUCUCUGCAGGCUCGUGCAUGGUGAGAGACGCUACGGGCGAUGUCAAUGACACGCUGAGCGACACCGUCAACUGCACGGACGCCGCCGCUUGUACGUUGGGGUACGACUUCUCCAUCUGUAAAGAGGGAGGAUGCCAGUACGGACUCAUGAAUGACUUCCAGGCGAUGAGUCUGGCAUCGGCCUUCGGGCCUCUCAUCACAGCGGGAAUUUUCUCGGCCACCUUGUCGUCCGCCCUGGCCUCACUGGUCAGCGCGCCAAAAGUUUUCCAGGUAGGAAAAACACGACAAAACCAACUGGAACUUAUUUGUGUUUGUGUGUGCGCGGGGGUUGGUGGGGGGGGCAUCGGCCUCGCCUUCAUCCUCAUCGCCGAGUUGAACAUCAUCGCUCCGAUCAUCUCCAACUUUUUCUUGGCGUCCUACGCGCUCAUCAACUUCUCCGUCUUCCACGCCUCGCUGGCCAACUCUCCAGGGUGGCGUCCCAGCUUCAAGUACUACAACAUGUGGGUGUCCCUGCUGGGCGCCAUCUUGUGCUGCGUGGUGAUGUUUGUCAUCAACUGGUGGGCGGCUCUCGUCACGCUGCUCAUUGUCCUGGCGCUCUACAUCUACGUUAGCUACAAGAAGCCCGACGUCAACUGGGGAUCGUCCACUCAGGCUCUCAUCUACAACCAGGCGCUCACGCAAUGUCUCAACCUGACCGGUGUGGAGGACCAUGUCAAGAACUUCAGGCCUCAGUGUUUGGUCCUGACCGGGUACCCGAGCGCUCGGCCCGCUCUGCUGCAGCUGGUCCAUUCCUUCACCAAGAACGUGGGCCUGAUGGUGUGCGGACACGUCCGGAUCGCGUGUCGACGUCCCAACGUGAAGGAGGCGUCUCAGGAGCACGCACGCUGUCAGCGUUGGCUCAACAAGAAGCGCAUCAAAGCUUUCUACGCUCCCGUCUUCUCCGACACGCUCAGACACGGCGCGCACUUCCUGCUGCAGUCAGUGGGUCUGGGCCGCCUGAAACCCAACACUCUGGUGCUGGGCUUCAAGAACAACUGGAUGGAGGGUCAGAUGAACGACGUGGAGACGUACAUCAACAUCAUCCAUGACGCCUUUGACCUGCAGUUCGGCAUGGUGAUCCUGAGGCUUGCUGAGGGUCUGGACGUCUCUCACAUCCAAGGACAAGACGAGCUGUCUUGCUCCCAUGAGAAGCCUCCGGUCAGCAAGGACACCCCGGUGACCUUCGCUCUGACCAAAGACUCGGAGUCAGACUCGAGUCCGUCCAAGGCAGCUCACGACCGGAGCAGCCCGCUCAUCAUUGGAGAUGGCAAAGCGACUCUGAGUGCGAGCGACCAGCGCCUCCAAGAGUCCAGUCAGCAGUUCAAGAAGAAACAAGGCAAAGGAACCAUCGACGUCUGGUGGCUCUUUGACGACGGAGGUCAUUUUAUUGAUUGUUUUAUUUUCUUAAUCAAAAUGGAGCACACUGACGCGUGUGCGUGUGUGUGUGUGCACGCAAACAGGAUGGCGACGCUGCUCAGCAGGUUUCGGAUCGACUUCUCCGACAUCAACGUCCUAGGAGACAUCAACACCAAACCCAAGAAACACAAUAAAUUGUGGUUCAAGGCCCUGGUGGAGUCGUACAGGUUGAAGGAGGAGGACAUGGACCAGGAGGCGGCUGAGCGUCUGAAGGCCGAGGAGCCUUGGAGGAUCACCGACAACGAGCUGGAGCUCUACAAGGCCAAGAGCAAUCGGCAGAUUCGACUCAACGAGCUCCUCAAGGAACACUCCGGCGACGCCAAGCUCAUCGUCAUGACGAUGCCGCUGGCAAGGAAGGGCGUGGUUUCUAGCGCCCUCUACAUGUGCUGGCUAGAAACGCUGUCCAAGGAACUUCCUCCUCUUCUGCUGGUGCGAGGAAACCACCAGAGCGUGCUCACGUUCUACUCCUAACACACGCACACGCGCGCGCACACACACACACACACACACACACACACACACAGAAAGUCAAACCUUUAUUUUAGCAUCACUUGCUGUGUUUUUGUCCGCUUUUUGAAAAAAAAAUAUUUAUUUGUAAUAACAAACUGACCAAAUGUACAUUUAACGGUUUGUUUACAUGAAUCAAAGUUGCAUUGGAGAAAGAAUGUGUGCCUAUGUUGUCAUGUUAUAUUUUUAACAUUGUGGAAUAAAUAAACUACAAAGUACACAGU